AUGCAUGGCGGUAUCAAUGGGUUAGAGGAAGCCUUACUUAGAGGAGUUCCUGUUCUGGUUAUACCAAUGUUUGCUGACCAAUUUCGCAAUGGUAGGAACGUUGAAAAACGUGGAGUAGGAAAGAAGUUCUACCAUUGGUUCAACGUGCAUCCGAACAAUUGUGAGCCGAAAGCUUCUGUUUUUAGCUACAAGCAAAAUGCUAUGCGCAUGUCGAAGCUAAUGCGAGAGAAACCAUUCACCGCCGAACAACGGCUUGUUCAGUGGACCAAUUUUGCUGUUGAGAAUGGUGUUCUGGAUGUUCUACACGUACAGGGCUCUCGAUUGAAUUUUAUCGUCUACUUCAAUCUUGAUGUGAUAGCCGUUGCUACCAUGGUUAUAUGUUCGCUUCUCAUUGUAGUUGUUAAAAUUUUUAGAGCAAUAAGUAGAACUUUUUUCGCUGGGAAAGUUAAAAAGAGUUAG